GGACACGGCAGCAGUGGCCAAAACAUCCGACCUGGUACUCGAGACCCCCUACAGGCCAGCAGACUACAAGCCCAGAGUCGAAGACCUCCUGCUGGAUUUUCCAGGCAGUACAUUACCACUCGAUACCGGUCCCUCCUUGAGGGACGGUCUCGCUCCCGGUGACGUGGCAGGAGAGGUCGUCCAACCGACCGCGGUGGCACUCGAAGAAGCAAAAGUGGUCGUCACGUCCCCGCCGACCUCUCCGUCGCUCGAGGAAACCACCAAAUCCUUGGAAGUGACGACAAAAGUGACUGCGGCCGGUGGUGUUGAUGUCUUGGCCGAGGACAAAGCGUCGCGGAGCGACGAAGUCGUCUUGGGACGUGCCGAAGAACCGGUCGGCCAGGCGGCAGUUGUGGCGGGGCUUAGCGAGGGAGGGGCGGUCGGGACUUCAUCGGAAGGGGCCAGUGUAGAGAGGGACGUGAAGGCGCGCCUCGGGGUCAAGCCUCGGAGUGAACAGACUUCGAGUGCGGUUGAUGGCGGGGUGGGAAAGAUGGAGGACAAGCAAGGUGAGCAGCCGGAGAAGCCUGCCUGUUUACAGGUCAACGAGCAAGCAGUUGGAGCAGCCAAAGAGCCGAGUCUGAAGACUGUGGAAGUCGUUCUUGAAGCGGUGGUUGAAGGGAUGGCAAAGGAACGGGCAGAAAAGCUGGCAGAAAAGCUGGUUGGAAAGCUAGUAGAAAAGCCGGCUCGAAAGUCGGGAAAAAAUGUGGCCGAAGAGAUGGCGGAGAAGGCGAUAGACGAGACGGCCGAAAAGGCAACAGUAAAGGAGGCCAGGGAGAUGGCCGGUUGUACGGCCGAAAGCAUACCGGAGGAGUCUGCGGAAAAGAUGGCUGAAGAGGCGGCCGAAAAGGCGGCCGAAGAGGUGGCUGAGAAGGCGGCAGAGAAGGUGGCCGAGGAGGCGGCCGAGAAGGCGUCCAAGGAGGCGGCCGAGAAGGCGUCCAAGGAGGCGGCCAAGAAGGCGUCCAAGGAGGCGGCCGAGAAGGCGUCCGAGGAGGCGGCCAAAAAGGUGUCCGAGAAGGCAGUCGAAAUGGCAGGUGAUAAAGCGGUCGACGGUACGGCAAAGAAGGCGACAGAGGAAGCAGCCGUAAAGGAAGCCGAGCCGGUCGAGAGGCUGGCUGAAGAACCGACCGAGAAGCCGGUGGAGAAGUCAGUGGAGCAACCAGUCGAUAAGACGACCGAGAAGGCCAUCGAAAAGACUCCCGAAAGGACAACUCCGAAACGAGUCGGAGAAAAGCCUCCACCCCUGGAACGGAACGUCGAGACCGAUCCUCUUCUCCACUCCAACCUCGAGAUGCCCCCAGUCCGAACGACUCCGACGCUGAAGCUGGAGGCGGUAGAAACAGCGGAGCCAAGAAACUCGAUGGAGCAUGUGACGCUUCGGAUGCGAGAAUGGGCUUCGAUGGAGACCGAGAAGAGCCAGGAGUCUGCUCACGAGCGGGUCCUCAAGCGUCUUUCAAACCCGAUGGAAUCUAUCUCGUCCUACACGCAUUCCAUUUCCAAGAUGAUCGCGUCGUCGCCCAAGUCACUGGCGGACUUUUCGGCGGGCAUCUUCGUCCGGGGCUCGGAAGAGGCGGCCGUCCCAAAGGAGGUGGCCGUCAUUCCGCCGGGCGAGGACGAGCGGAGGCCGCCGUCGCGGACCGACAACGCCAACGUCUGGCUGAAGAACAUGGUCGAAGAGAAGCCGGAGCUGUUUGCUGCCCUCGAAAAGCUGGGCUUCUGUUUUGACGACCACGAGCUGGUACCGAGGCCGGCACAGUCAUCGGAGGCUCCGCUGCUCUACCUCUGCCUGCGCAUGGGCAAGCCACUGCACAAGAGGCUUCCGCGGUCCGCCAGUACCCGGGGAAAAUACCGGCUGCGGCCCCAGUACUGGUUCGGCAUACCGCGCACCCGGGUGGACGAGCUUUACUACUUCCUGGAGAGAUGGGCACCAUCGGUCUACGGUGACGUCCACCGAGCCGACCUCUCCCUUCGGGGCUUCGAGAGCUUGCCGGACUCCGGCGACGAAGAAGAAGAGGGAGACGGCGAAGUGCCGGCGGGCGAAGACGGCGGGACGCCAGACGCUGGAACCAAGGUCGGCCACUCCGUGAUCGGGAAGAAGGGCGGAGCCCUGCGUUUCUUCAAGUUCUUCGACGGCAGCACCGCCCCGGUCGCGCUGGGUCCCAACGCUUCUCCCGGCGACUGGGAGGUGGUGUCAAUGAGCGAAGCACAAAGGGAGUCUCCCCUCGACCUGAUUGAACUUCCCUUGCCAGAGUUGCUAGACUCCACUGAGAUUUUCACUGAGGACCACCGCAGAAAGCUGAGCAAGGAGCUGCCCGCCAGGGCCGAGAGCUACUCGUGGGCGCUGGUGUACAGCACGCUGAAACACGGCUUCAGCCUCAAGACCCUCUACCGAGAGAUGCUGAAGGUGGAGACUCCAAUCAUCCUCGCCAUCUUGGACACUGAAGGCGCCGUGUUUGGAGCGCUGUCGUCCUGUUCGCUGAAGAUGAGCGACCACUUCUACGGCACGGGGGAGUCGUUCCUCUUCUCUUUCUUCCCCGAGUUCAAGGUCUACCGCUGGGCCGGUGACAACGGUUACUUUAUCAAGGGCAACGCAGACUCCUUGGCAUUUGGAGCAGGAGAUGGUCAGUUCGGGCUGUGGCUAGAUGGCGACCUGUUCCACGGACGCAGCCGCCGCUGCAAGACCUACAUGAACGACGUGCUGUCCACCAAGGAGGACUUUGUGGUCAAGGCACUCGAAGCCUGGGGCUUUGUCUGAGCUGCCCCCUCUCUCUCUCCCUCUCUCCUCCCCCUUCCCUAGUUUUUACAAUGGUUGCCGCAAAGUGGACCAAACUUGCGCCCCGCCCUCAUUACCGCGUGCUAGUUUUGCUUGGGUUCCGUCGUGUCGUUUUGUUCCGAUCACAACCGCCGCGACUCUUUUUGUUGCACGGCGAAGAAGCUUGCUGAAGUUGCAUUCUGGGGCGGCCGAUCGUCGAUGAACCAAUCUUUUAUGGGUCAACCAUUAAUUGGCCAGUCGUCAAUGGACCAGUCACCAAAGGGCUGAUCUUUGAUGUACAGAUCACCAAUGGGCAUAUCACGAUCGGCCGGUCCGUGCACCGUGUGGAGGCGCACGAUCGGAGGAGGGUGUUUUGGAAACCGACCGGGGAAGGAAGAAACAACCGGGUUUUGAGUGCAAUUCAUUGCGGUUCCUUGCGGAACGGAACUUUUGGGAACAAGCUUUCUCCCACUUUUAUUUAUUUAUUGUGUUUGAGAAAGAAAAGAAACAAACUACUUCGUUUUUCUGUGAUAUCGUUGUCAUAGACAAUCCUUGUUGAUAUAAUUGUGUCUUCCUUGUUUUACUUUGCGUUUAGAUUUUCUUGUCCUCCGGUGUCUUUUUGGGGCGUCGACCCGUGUGCAGCGUUGCUCUCGAUGGACAAUCGCGGGAUAACCGUAAAAAAAAAAAAAGUCCCGUGGCUUUUUGGGGAGAGCGAGAAGCGGAGAGAGCGCGCGGAAGACGGCUUUGUACGAAGUCUUGGGCGCGUCACCGACAAAUCUUUGUUAGGUCCUCGUAGCGGAGGAGAAAAAUAACAAAAAAGAAUUUAAAGUUUGCGUGUGUCUUUUGUAGCCAGCAGACGACAGCGCUGUCGUAGGGCAACCACCCGUAAACUCGCGCAGUAAACGGCAAACGAGAAAAAUAAAACGACGCAAAGUAACAAAUUUUGGGCGGAGAAGGGAGUCGUGGCGCCCUUUUUUCCGACCCAGAACACUUGUCAGCCAAAUGCGACACAUUGUAAAAGGUAAAAGGAAAAGGAGAAAAAAAAAGAUACUGCGAGGUUUUUGUCUAGACUGGUUUCAACGUCUGACCGUAGCGAUAAAAAAAAAAAAUGUUGUCUUAGCUUUAGAGGCGGCCAACAACCGUUGCGUCCGCUUGGCAGACUGUCUCCGCACGGGGUGGCGUUGUUGGCUCGUUGAAGGCAGCAAAAACGUAGACGGCGGCUGGUUUUGUGCAAUCCUCCGCGGCACGCCGUUCAGUUGUUUGGCGCGGGAAUUUGAGUCGUUCGAAAGUCCGACGCCCGUUGCCGUUUUGUCGACGACGCGUCGGAGAAUUGCGCAGGACUGGAGGAGCUUCAGAAUCUCGACGUGUGCGCUGCCAGUGUUGUUUUGUCCGCCCACGCUCAGUUCCACAUCGAGUGGAAUAAGAAGGGAAGGCUACGAAUGUUUGGCGGUAGCUUUGGCAGGUCCACUUAGGGUGAAAGCGCGUCCUAUAUCUGCCAUAGUCAUUUUAUGUAGAAGGUUCUGAAACAUCUUCGGUACCCCAAAGGUCUAUGCUGGCUUUACGAGCUUGCUACAACUUUAAAUAUGGUAUGGCAAAUUCUUUUUUGGAUUGUUAGGUAUUCCACGUCUAUAUAACAAAAAUACCAACAUAGAGAAAAUUAAAAGGAAAACGGACUUUACUGUCAGUCUACUAAAAUUGGAAUAUGGUAAACUUGUAGGCUACAUUGCGUUACAGCGUACUAAAUGAAAUAGAUUUUAUUAGAGCUCCCACCUUUUUUCUUGGUUUGGUGAAUCAUCAUCGAUAUUGAGAGGCUCUGCCUUGUCUUUGCACCUUCCAAAGCCAUUCAAUCGCGCUCGUAGCCGCCUCUACAUAUUCCAUUUGGCGUGAAACCGGGUAUGGGAGCUCGUGCGGAUGCCUGCCACGGUGAUGCGGUUUGGGGUGGCUCUGUUUGUGAACAACACUUAAGAGACAAAAAAAAAAUAAUACUACACAAACUGCAAAAGUGUUUAGGUUUUCUGUAUAUACUGUACAGUUUUUUUCCUCUUAUGUUUUGUUGAGGAAGUAAGAGUUACGUUCAGUAUAAAGUGUGUACCGUGUGUGUAUAGAGUUUUAAACAAAGGAGUUUCCUUUCUCUCGGGUGCGCGGAAUUUGCCGACCUGCUCCCCCCUCUCCCUCCUUUAUUCACCCUUUUCUUUGGGGAGAGGUUUCCCCUCGAAUCCCUCGAGGGCGUUUUGUAGCGAGUUUUCCCUCAACCGCGCAUUUAGACAACCGUUGCGUUCCUUUUUGGGCAGUAGUGCAGGAAGUUUUAGUUUAGCCACUGCUGCUUUGUGUGUUUGUUGUACUGUAAAGAGGUGUCGCGAUCAUUCUUUGAAAAUAAAGCCAGUGAUAUUAGA